AACAAUACAUUGGAUCUAACCUGAAAAAUAAAUGAGAACGAUAAACAAGGGAAUCAUCGAAAUCACGAGUUCAAGUCCGAGAGCAAAAGAAACUCAUUUCUAAAAAGAUGGAGUCUGAAAAUGUUAACGAAACUUUUGAUAAUCGUAACCAGGAAGCAUAUGAUGCAAUGAUAGCUGGAAUCAAAGCUGCUAAUAAUCUACCUGCUACAGACAACUUCAACUAUUAUGUUUGCCUUAAGCCAAGCCUUAACGAGGCCAGGAAUAAAGAUUUAAGGAGAAUAUUGGCUACAAUGCAGAUGAUAAUAAGAACAACAGGAGGUUCCAGCAAUAUUGAAAGCGCAGAUGUUGACGAUAAGUUCGAUCUUUUACUGGAGACAAAUGAUCAUCUACUUGAUCAAGCUAAUAUAUUAAUGGAUGAAGAGAGUGGUAUUCUACGAAAUCCUCAAGUUGAAUUGGUUGUAUCACAAAUGCCAAAACCGCUUAUAAAUGGCAGUUGGAAUAGAGCUGAUCGUACUAACAAAAGCUCGGACAAUUCCGACAAGAUACGAUUAUUAGGAGGAAAGAAUAUACAGAGACCGCAAUUAAUGUUCAAAGACAAGAUCGAUAAUAGCUCAAAGCCAUGGAUGCCUCGAAUUAAGGAAAAACCGAAUUCUCUGAAACCAUUGGCUCUCUACGUCGAAGAAGGCGAACAUGGUGAGGUCUUUAAUCAUCCUUAUGAAUUUGAAUUGGAUAAAUUUGAUACACCCGAAUGCCAAUUGAAGAAGAGCGUACCUGUACAGUACAAGUCACUGGAAAGCACCGAAUUCAAAUUGAUCGAGAAGCCGUCCGAAAUUAAGAUUCUCUUGGAGGAUCUGAAAAAUCAGAAAGAAAUAGCUGUAGAUUUGGAACAUCACUCUUAUAGAACGUUUCAAGGCAUAACUUGCCUGAUGCAAAUAUCAACAGUAAAUACCGAUUACUUGAUCGAUACCUUGGCUCUGCGAUCAGAAUUGCAUCAACUCAAUGAAAUCUUUACAAAACCUACAAUCUUAAAGAUCUUUCAUGGUGCCGAUAUGGACAUUCUAUGGCUUCAAAGAGACUUGUCGUUAUAUGUAGUAAACAUGUUCGACACUCAUCAAGCCGCGAAACAGCUCAACCUACCUUAUCUAAGUUUGGCUUAUUUGUUAAACAAAUAUUGUGGUAUAAAUCCCAAUAAACACUUUCAAUUGGCCGACUGGCGUAUAAGGCCUUUACCAGAAGAAUUGAUGAAGUAUGCUAGGGAGGAUACACAUUAUCUACUUCACAUAAAAGAUAUGUUGAAGAAUGAAUUAAUUGAGACGGCUAACGGCAAGAGUAAUAUCUUGAAGGCCGUGUACGACCGAUGUACCGACCUUUGCAAACGAACGUACGUGAAAUCAAUCUGGACAGAGGAGAGUUGCAUGAACAUGUACAGGAAGAGUCAGAAAUCGUUUAAUAACAAGCAGAUGUACGCACUGCUCGAGUUACAUAAAUGGCGAGACAUUACUGCGAGGGAGGAGGACGACAGCAUCGGCUAUGUGUUGCCGAACCAUAUGCUGCUCAAUAUAGCUGAGACACUGCCACGCGAGAUGCAAGGAAUUCUAGCAUGUUGCAAUCCGAUCCCACCGUUGGUGCGACAAAACGUGCUGAAACUCCAUAAGAUAGUGUUAAAGGCCAGAGAGCAGUCUCUUGUAAUGUCCAUUCCGGAACAGGAUAUUCGACAGAGACCGACGCAACAGAAUCAUGUGGUAGAUUCCGGGGCGUCGUUGUACACGCCGCAUGAUAUACCGAGUGGUACCGAAGCGAGAGCAGAUUUACCUUGUCUUUUGGAUAAAAAUGACUUGUCACAAUUGAAGACAAAUCAGCAAACAGAGGAACACACUGUCACAAUAUUUGAUUCACCAAUUACAUCAGAGGAUGAAGAAAUAAAAGAUAAUAACGGAAAGAAAAAGGACAUAUUUAUAAGUCCAUAUAUGAGAUAUAAAUGUGUAAUACCAAUGGUAGUGCAUCAUGAAAUGAAAGAACGAGAGAGACAACAAAAAGAAGAAGAAAAACAUUCAACUACAAGUAUCGAAGAAGAACACAUAGAUGUGACUGAGAUUAAUGAGAGUAAAGGUAGAGUUUAUGAACAUUUUAAACAAAUAUCUCAAACUAUGAAUACAACACUUGAAACCCCCAAAAAGAAAAAAAAGAAGAAGACUUGUAAACAGUUAUCUUUAAGUGAAAUGAAAGGUAAAAAAAGAAAGAGAGAAUCUGAUAUUAAAAAUGAGAUUCAAAGGAAGAGCAAUAAUGAUGACUUUUCGGGAUCACCUUCAUCGUCUUUAGAUGUAGCUAAUACAUGUAAGAGAGUAAAAUGGGAGGAACAAGAAGAACAGAAAGCUAAGGAUAAUAAUUCUGAAAUAAUUAAAUCGAUAAGGGCUAGGAAAAAAAAUGAAAAGAAAACAAAUCGACAAAUGCUGAAGGCACAGGGUAUGUUACCGUCGGAGGUAUUUGAUUACAAAACAGUAGAUUUCAGCAGCUUCCAAGGUGGCAGUACAGGAAGCAAUGCGAUUCAGACGCAAUUCCAACCACCUCGACAAAAGAGAAAAGAGAAAUGGAGAAAGAUGAAGAAACAAAAAUUUAACAUAUAAAUUGUGUGAUACAGCUUUCCUUACCUUUCAUCAAAUUAUCUUCGGAAAGAAGAGGAAUACUGAGACAGGUACUGGUAAGAAAAAUAUAAAGUAUAGGUUUUUAAUUAUCACUUUUUAAGUUUACAUGCUAAAAAUUAAUAUUGAAUUUUCAU